AUGCGUCUAUUAACCCACCUCUUGCUCCUCGCAGCGGGCAGCAGUGCGGCCGCCGCACACGUGGCACCGCGGCAGGAGGCCACGGGGCCGCCCGAGACGCCGACGCCGACGGUCAGCACGUGCACCAACAGCUCGAACGCGACGUGGGAGCAGGUGCUGGACCGGUUCCCGCCGGGCUCGCUGUCGGCCACCACGGCGCUGCCCGUGCCGGCGCUGACGGUCGACUUUCGCCUCCAGGUGGACCUGAACCCCAAGAUCGCGCUGGGCAAGGGGGUUUGGGGCGAGCGCAACUGGAUCAGCUUCAAGAGCGGGCAGUGGAGCGCCACGUGGGGGAACGGGACCGUCGAGCCUGGCGGCCAAGACGCCCAGCUCCUGGUGGAGAACAAGGCUACGUUCGUCGACACGCAGUACCUCCUCAAGACGGCCGAUGAGAAGCCAGCGUACAUUAUGGUGCGGACUCAGGGAUGGAGGACGGGCCCGCCCGACGUGCUGGAGAAGCUGCUAGAUCCGAUCGAGGGCGACAAGGUGCCUGCGUCGGCCUACCGCUUCCGGCUUACCAUCAAGCUCGAGACGGGAGACCCGCGCUACCUCUGGGUCAACGAGGGCAUGUGGAUCGGCAGCGGGAUUCGCAGGGGUUCCGAGGGCUACUGUAAUACGGCGAUAAUCGGCCGCCUGGGAGGAGGCACAAAGUCCACUAGCCGACGCCAUCGCAGCUCCAGAGUCAUGAUGGAGGGGGCUUUCGCAACGUGCAUCCCCUAUUGGCAACAUGUUAGGCAAGACAAAGAUGUAUUACAAAUGUCACAUGCCGGUGGUCCGGACAAGAUAGCAGCGGCGCGGACGACUGAUGAAUCGAGUAGUGGCCCCAAUCUAUUCGGCACGCGUCAUUUUGUGCGCGGCUGGCGGCCAUGGACAAGGAGCCACGGACACGUCGUUCGCCCCGGCUGA